AUCCGUAAUUGAAACACGAAUUAAAUGUUAUAUUUUUUUUAGCGUGAAUGUAUAUCAAUGCACGUUGGUCAAGCAGGAGUGCAGAUGGGAAAUGCUUGUUGGGAAUUGUAUUGUCUAGAACAUGGCAUUCAACCAGAUGGUACAAUGCCUUCUGAUAAAGCUACCGGAACAAAUGAUUGUUUUAAUACAUUUUUCAAUGAGACAAGUUCUGGUAAAAUGGUACCAAGAGCUGUAAUGGUUGAUCUUGAACCAACUGUCGUUGACGAAGUUCGCAUUGGUCCCUACAAACAGUUGUAUCAUCCAGAGCAACUUAUCACUGGGAAGGAAGAUGCUGCUAAUAAUUAUGCUCGAGGUCAUUAUUCCAUUGGCAGAGAAGUCAUUGAAUCCGUAAUGGACCGAAUUAGGAGGCUGACUGAUCAGUGCACAGGAUUGCAGGGAUUUUUUGUCUUUCAUUCAUUUGGUGGAGGUACAGGGUCAGGAUUUACUUCUUUGCUCAUGCAAAAGCUCUCUGACGAUUAUGGAAAAAAAAGUAAAUUAGAAUUUGCUGUGUAUCCAGCGCCUCAAGUCUCUACUGCUGUAGUUGAACCUUAUAAUGCAAUUUUAACAACACAUACAACUAUCAGCCAUUCGGAUUGCGCAUUCAUGGUUGACAAUGAAGCUAUUUAUGAUAUUUGUCGACGAAAAUUAGGAAUAGAGAGACCAUCUUAUGCUAAUUUAAAUAGACUCAUAAGCCAAGUAGUAUCUUCCAUAACAGCAUCCUUAAGAUUCGAUGGUGCCUUGAAUGUAGAUCUGACUGAAUUUCAAACUAACUUAGUACCUUAUCCAAGAAUACAUUUUCCUCUUGCAACUUAUGCACCAGUUGUUUCCGCUGAUAAAGCUUUUCAUGAAGGAAUGACUGUCGCUGAAAUUACAUCGGAGUGUUUUGAAGCAACUAAUCAAAUGGUUAAAUGUGAUCCACGAGAAGGAAAAUAUAUGGCGUGUUGUCUUUUAUAUCGUGGCGAUGUUGUACCAAAAGAUGUCAAUGCUGCGAUUGCUGCUAUGAAAGGAAAAAGUUGUAUUCGUUUUGUUGACUGGUGUCCAACUGGUUUUAAAGUUGGUAUUAAUUAUCAGCCACCAACCGUAGUACCUGGUGGAGAUUUAGCUAAGGUACAACGUGCAGUAUCAAUGUUAUCUAAUACUACGGCCAUUGAAGAAGCCUGGGCUAAAUUGAAUCACAAAUUCGACCUAAUGUACAAUAAAAGGGCUUUCGUUCAUUGGUACGUGGGAGAAGGUAUGGAAGAAGGAGAAUUUACAGAAGCUCGUGAAGAUCUUGCGGCACUCGAACGAGAUUACGAAGAAGUGGCUCUUGAAUCACCUUCAACUCCUGAUGCAUCAUUGGGAUAUUGAUUUGAAUCUUAAAAUCAGUAUCAUCUAUAUUACAUAUCUAAUCAUUGUUGUCUCUGAACACUAAAUUUAAUUAUGACAUCGAAAAUAUGUGAACCCUACGAAUUAGCAAUUUACUUAACACUUAACCGACUGAUAGCCUAUUAAUCGGCUUUUUGUCACCAAUGCUUACCCAUAACCUAAUACCUGCGGCCGAGUGAACGGUUAGAAGUGCAUAAGACACGUUAAAAUGAAAGUGAAACUAACUUAUUUAUUUCUAGUCA